CAGAAAACCUGUGAUGAGAGUUUUAACAAUGGCGUGGCCGUGGCGGGGGGCUGCCGCUCUCUCCCCAAGUCCGGCAUCACAAAACCACCUAUAAACAUCGACUUGCAGCUUGUCAGCGGUUUGAAAAGUAAUUUUAUGGAGGUACAAUGAUACCGGACAGAGUAAAUCUCCGCUGAGAGGCUACCCGACAAACUGUGUGAAACUACUGGAGUGUGGCUGGAAGCGCUUUGCCAUGUCGUUACUGUGUGUUAGGGUGAAAAAAGCUAAGCUCCAAGGACCUUCAGACAAGUUCAACACCUACGUGACGCUGAAGGUGCAGAAUGUCAAGAGCACAACUAUCACUGUGCGUGGGGCCCAGCCCUGCUGGGAACAGGAUUUCAUGUUUGAAAUCAACCGGCUGGACCUCGGCCUCAUUGUGGAGGUGUGGAACAAAGGCCUCAUCUGGGACACUAUGGUGGGGACAGCCUGGAUUCCUCUAAAGAGUAUUCAACAAUCAGAGGAGGAGGGCUCAGGCGACUGGAUCUUUCUGGAUUCAGAGGUCCUGAUGAAGGCGGAUGAGAUAUAUGGCACCAAGAACCCAACACCUCAUCGAGUCCUACUGGAUACUCGCUUUGAGCUGCCUUUUGACAUCCCAGAUGAUGAGGCACACUACUGGACAGGCAAGCUGGAACGCAUCAAUACCAUGAGAAUCGAUGAUGAGUACCCUCUUCAGGAUGACGUUCAGAGUCGCCCACUGCCAUUUGCGGCUUCCCAGUGCUCUCUGGAUGACCAGGACAGCGCUGUAGAUGACCGGGAUAGUGACUACCGCAGUGAGACGAGUAACAGCCUGCCUCCGCGUUACCACACAACGGCUCAGCCCAACUCCUCCAUGCACCAGUAUCCCAUGGGGGCACGGCAGCAGCACCACCCAGACUCCUGCACAGACUCUAUCCACAGUUUUGACCUGGAAUACAGGGACCAGAGAGAAAACAGUCCAGUGGAAAGUAGUCGCUUUGGGUCAUCAGGAAACCUGAGCCAGACCAGCUCCCAGCUUAGUGAGACUGGCCAGGAGAGCACUGGAGGGUCAGAACUGGAGGAGUCCUACCAUUCCUACCACAGUACCGGCUUUCAGCCCUCCAUCAAUGGUCAGCGACGCACCAAUGGACAUCUUCCCACCAACAGACACUCUACUUUCAGUGAGAAGGAUAUACAUAGGAUGUCCCCUGAAGUAGGACGAGGCCUGAAAAAUGACACACAAUCAGAGAGAGGUUCUUCUAAACUUCAAAGGUUCCACGAUGAAGGGGUGCCAUUACCCUUUUCCCCAUCCAGAGUUCGUUGGUUGAAGGCCAUCAAUAAAGUCAGGGUUCAGCUCCGGGAGGUUCGAGAUGAAGAACCCAAUGCUAGACAGGCUUGGGUCAAACCAGGUGGUGGAUCUGGUCUGUAUGGAAUUGACAGCAUGCCAGAUUUGCGUAAAAAGAAGCCUAUCCCCUUGGUCAGCGAUGUGGCUAUGUCUCUCGUCCAAGCCAGGAAGGCAGGGAUCGCAUCUGCUAUGGCUGCACGGUCUUCAAUCAAGGAUGAGGAGCUUAAAAACCAUGUGUACAAGAAGACCCUGCAGGCUCUCAUCUACCCCAUAUCCUGCACUACACCGCAUAACUUUGAGGUGUGGACUGCCACUACGCCCACAUACUGCUAUGAGUGUGAGGGGCUGCUGUGGGGAAUAGCCCGCCAAGGCAUGCGUUGCACUGAGUGUGGGGUCAAGUGCCACGAGAAGUGCCAAGAGCUGCUGAAUGCUGACUGUCUACAGCGUGCUGCGGAGAAGAGCUCCAAGCAUGGAGCGGAAGACCGAACUCAGAAUAUUAUCAUGGCCAUGAAGGACAGGAUGAAGAUAAGGGAAAGAAACAAACCUGAAAUCUUUGAACUUAUCAGGGAAGUGUAUGUCAUCAGCAAAGCCAUCCAUGCGCAGCAGAUGAAGACCAUCAAGCAGAGUGUACUGGACGGCACCUCAAAGUGGUCAGCCAAGAUCACCAUCACAGUGGUUUGUGCCCAAGGACUUCAGGCAAAGGACAAAACAGGAUCCAGUGAUCCAUAUGUCACUGUUCAGGUGGGCAAGACCAAGAAGAGAACAAAGACAAUUUAUGGCAACCUCAAUCCUGUCUGGGAGGAGAAGUUCCACUUUGAGUGCCACAAUUCCUCAGACCGUAUUAAAGUGCGUGUGUGGGACGAGGACGAUGACAUCAAAUCAAGGGUGAAGCAGCGUCUGAAGAGGGAAUCUGAUGAUUUCCUGGGCCAGACUAUAAUUGAAGUUCGAACGCUGAGCGGAGAAAUGGACGUCUGGUACAACCUGGAGAAGAGGACAGACAAGUCGGCCGUGUCAGGUGCCAUUCGCCUCCAAAUCAACGUGGAGAUCAAAGGAGAGGAGAAAGUGGCUCCAUAUCAUGUGCAGUACAUGUGUUUGCAUGAGAACCUGUUCCACCACUCAACCGAUGUGAUUGGCCAAGGCGUGGUAAAAAUCCCAGAAGCUCAUGGAGACGAUGCGUGGAAAGUCUACUUUGACGAUGUGGCACAGGAAAUAGUCGAUGAGUUUGCCAUGCGUUAUGGGAUUGAGUCAAUCUACCAGGCCAUGACGCAUUUUGCCUGUCUGUCGUCCAAGUACAUGUGUCCCGGGGUUCCUGCAGUGAUGAGCACCCUGCUGGCCAAUAUCAAUGCCUUCUAUGCCCACACAACUGCCUCCACUAAUGUGUCAGCCUCUGACCGCUUUGCUGCCUCCAAUUUUGGGAAAGAACGCUUUGUCAAGCUUUUAGACCAGCUGCACAACUCCUUGCGCAUUGACCUCUCAACGUACAGGAACCACUUUCCUGCCAGCAGCAAGGAGCGCCUGCAGGAUUUGAAAUCCACCGUGGACCUUCUAACCAGCAUCACCUUCUUUAGGAUGAAGGUCCAGGAGUUGCAGUCUCCGCCCAGAGCCAGUCAGGUGGUGAGGGACUGUGUCAAGGCCUGCCUGAACUCUACUUACGACUACAUCUUCAAUAACUGCCAGGAGCUGUACAGCAGGCAGUACCAACCUGUCGACGUGAACAAAGAGGAGCUCCCUUUGGAGGAGCAGGGGCCAAGCAUCAAGAACUUGGACUUUUGGCCCAAACUCAUCAUGCUCAUCGUCUCCAUCAUUGAAGAGGACAGGAACUCCUACACACCUGUGCUCAACCAAUUCCCUCAAGAACUAAAUGUAGGAAAGGUGUCGGCAGAGGUCAUGUGGACGCUGUUUGCUCAAGACAUGAAGUAUGCUAUGGAGGAGCAUGAAAAGCACAGACUGUGUAAGAGCACCGACUACAUGAACCUGCACUUCAAGGUCAAGUGGCUCCACAAUGAAUAUGUCAAGGAGCUGCCAAACUUUAAGGGUGUUGUUCCCGACUACCCAUCAUGGUUCCUACAAUUUGUGCUACAGUGGUUGGAUGAAAAUGAGGACGUGUCUAUGGAGUUUAUGCAUGGAGCUCUAGAGAGAGACAAAAAAGACGGAUUCCAGCAGACGUCUGAGCACGCUCUGUUCUCCUGCUCUGUGGUGGACAUCUUCACCCAGCUCAACCAGAGCUUUGAGAUAAUCAGGAAACUGGAAUGUCCUGACCCUAACGUCAUGGCUCAGUACAGUCGCCGCUUCUCCAAGACUAUUGCCAAAGUUCUUCUGCAGUACAGUGCCAUCCUGACCAAGAGUUUUCCUGCUUACAUUGACAAGGAGAAGAUUCCGUGUGUCCUGUUGAAUAAUGUGCAGCAGUUGAGAAUUCAGCUGGAGAAGAUGUUUGAGUCGAUGGGUGCCAAACAGAUGGACACUGAGGCCAGUGACCUACUGAACGACCUGCAGGUGAAGCUGAACAAUGUCCUGGAUGAGCUCAGCACUACAUUUGGGAACAGUUUCCAGACCCGGAUCAAUGAUUGUAUGCGACAGAUGGCGUCUCUGCUGUACCAGAUCAAAGGACAGCUCAAUGCCAGCAACAAAAACCAGGCGGAGGCCGACUCUGACAACAUGCUACGGCCACUCAUGGACUUUCUGGAUGGAAAGCUGACCCUGUUCGCCACCGUAUGCGAGAAAACUGUACUGAAGCGUGUGCUCAAGGAGCUGUGGAGGAUCGUAAUGAGCAGCCUGGAAAAGACUAUUGUACUGCCACAGGGCAACGAUACCUUUGGUGCACAGAUUCUCUCAGCUGCAAAAGAACUGGGCCAGCUCUCUAAACUCAAGGAUCACAUGGCAGGGGAGGCUAAAAGCCUGUCUCCCAGGCAGUGCGCUGUCAUGGAUGUGGCACUGGACACUAUCAAGCAAUACUUCCAUGCGGGAGGCAACGGGCUGAAGAAGGCGUUCCUGGAGAAGAGUCCUGAGCUAUCCUCCCUACGCCACGCUCUGUCCCUCUACACUCAGACAACAGACACACUCAUCAAGACCUAUGUGACCACCCAGCAUGCACAAGUGCACAAUGGAAAGGGUAUUAGGUUAACUCCCAAUGAAAAAAUACAGACCAGCAAGGGUUCAGGCGUGGACAAGCCGAUAGGUGAGGUGAAUGUCCAGAUUGAGCUGCACACUCAACCUGGGAGUGGGGAACGGAAAGUUACCGUCAAAGUUGUGGGAGCGAAUGAUUUAAAAUGGCAGACGUCCGGCAUGUUCCGACCCUUCGUGGAGAUCAGCAUAAUCGGGCCUCACCUCAGCGACAAGAAACGCAAAUUCCAGACCAAAUCCAAGAAUAACAGCUGGUCUCCCAAGUUCAACGAGAGCUUCCAUUUUGUGCUGGGUAACCAGGAUGGCUUUGAGUGCUACGAGCUGCAGAUCUGCGUCAAAGACUACUGUUUUGGCCGCGCCGACAGAGUGGUCGGCUUGGCUGUGAUACAACUAAGAGACAUCACGGGGAAGGGCAACUGCUGGCUCCCGCUUGGCCAGCGCAUCCAUAUGGACGACACAGGCCUCACCGCCAUGCGAAUCCUCUCCCAGCGCUCCAACGACGACGUGGCCAAGGAGUUUGUGAGGCUGAAAUCAGAGACUCGUUCUGCCGAAGAGGGCAGAUGAGGAGAGCUUGAGAAGGAGGAUGGAAGGUCUACGAAUCCCCCAGUAAGAGACAGGGAGAUCAUGUGAAUUAUUUUCCGUAGAUGGCCAGGUGGACUCUUUUUUUAGACCUUUGACGUGUCUUAGCUGCCGUUGACUGUUUGGUGUCGCCUUGCCAAGCUCACUGACACCCUGUCACCUUUACACUUUGGAGAAACUCACUUUUACAUGUUCCUCAAACACUAAACUUAUUAACCGAGCCACUGUACAGUACAUAACCACAUAGCAGCCGGCUCACUCAAACGUUACACUCAUCAGCAGUUUCACUAGGCAAUGACCACUUGCUUAGUCACAUAACUUUUUUUUACCCCCCUCCUUACCAGUGCGCACGCCGCAGCCUCAAGGGAACAAAGAAAGCGAGGCCCCUUUGGAGGGCCAAACACGUUCCCACACCUCCCCAGUGUGUGUUGUUGUGCAAUAACCCCACCUAAACCCUUGAAACCGUGGCCAUGUGUUUGAUGCCUUACACUCUGCAAAAUGUGAAUAUGUGAAGUAAAAAAGUUUUUGAAUGCCCUAUAGCUCCACUGUGACGGUUUGAGUAAAUGUGAAUCUCAUAAAGGGAUCUUUUGUUUAGUGAAUGAAUGACUGGUAGCGAGGAGACAGUCCUAGUAUUUUACAAUUUAUUGGAUAGAGUGGAAGUGAAGCUGCUGAAAUAUCGUACUAGUUUCACAAGUUAAUCUCGUUUAGCUAGUGUUUCAAGACAAGGUACUUAAACUAAUCAACCUUGAUGUUACCCCUUACUUUAAAGCAUUGUUCAGUUAAAUGUGCCUUGCCAUGUUAAGUUUCCAUUCCUGUUUCACCAGGAAAGACAACAGUGAUAUUAUCAGCAUAUAAUCUAAGUAGUAAAAUCAGCAACAGUAUGUUUUAAAUACAAAACCUUGUGGAAAAAGAGGCCAAUUCACUCUGUACGUGAACAGGUGAACCCUGUAUUUAUAAGUAUUGGCACCAAUAACAACUCGUGGCUCACGUGGCCUAGUGUAACCAUGAUGGUGCAGCCAUUUUAUUUAUUUUUUAUACGUAUUUAUUUUUUAACUGUGCUUUUGAAAUCCCGUGAUUUAAAAUGUCGUUUACUGCUUUGAACAGACGUGUUUGCCAGAACAGCCAGUUUGAGAAUUUGCACAGUGGUUAGUCUGAAUGCUGCAGUGUUGUACACACAAAACCGCAGUUCAGCUGAAGAGCGCGUUCACAAGAUGAGACACUCGCCCUCAGAAUAAAGUGACAAGCCCGUUUUUGUUGUGAAGUAAAAAGCAAAGCUGGCGACUCGUGUCCCUGACGGACAAUAGUGAGAACGGUCUUUUAAGAAUUGUUCCAUUUUUGGUAAAGAAAUAUUACAUGUUGAACUUUCAGGUAAAAACUUUUUCUUCCAAAAAGGAUAUCUGAACAUUUGAACACGAGCUGCUCAGCUGCUGAGUUAGAAUUACUUAUAGUUUACAUGUAUCUUCCUUCUCUUUUUUCUUCUUCUCUUCCUAUGAGUGGCCUUAUUGUUUUUUUUAAUCCCUGUAUUUCUUUUGGCUCUCAGCAAUGAGGAAUUGGUCACUUUUUUCCCCAAAAUGAUGUCAAAUAUGUUUUCCAAGUGAUGUUCCUUAUCAUUUUGUACUUUUUAUCUUUGAUAUUGCAAACGUAACUAUAUCUAGACUGGGGUUUUCUUUGCAGUCUCUUUAAUAUGUAGUGUUAUGUUCCUUUUGAUGUUUUGUAAAUGUUUCCCUUAACCAUUGUUAAUAGUUUGGAAUGACUAUUGUAAGAGAUGUUUCAGUGUUAUGGACUGGAGUCAUAUACAAUGAGAUGUGUGCCAGUGAAUAUGUUCAUAACUGAUGGAAGAAUAUUAAAAUGUUACUCUUCACGAAGGACGGAUGUUGCUAGAAUAUCAUGUGUGUGCACAUUUUUAAACCGAUCACAAAAUCACAUUCCUCUUUGUUACAGUACUUUAUCCGCUGUGAAUAAUGUGCGUUAUUGGUUUAUGAGGACAAAUGUUUCAUAGCCAUACUUUAAUAUACAUGUUCCUUGUGCCAAGUUACAAGUGUUGACUUGAUCUUUUUAUUUUAUUUCUAUAUAUUUUCUAAAUUUGUUAACCCUUGCACUAUCACUAAAUCAUCGCAAUAGCUAACAAGUACAGUAUAUUAGUCACAGGAACUGUAUUUUUGUGGUGUCUUCUUUUUAUUCUCACUGCUCUGAAAUGUUAUCACCAUGUAAACAUUCCGAUUUAAUUCAUUUUGUAUAAAGUAUAUGAGAAGUA